AACCUCCCACUCAAUAACCACAAGAGAACCCAAACACCGGGCCAGCUGUUCCAGAACAAACUAGUGAAAGAGAAGAAGUGCAAGAACUCAAGAUGAAGGCAGCCUUACUCGUGGUUGACAUGCAGAACGACUUCUGUCCACAGCACGGGGUUCUUCCAGUCCAGGAGGGGCGCGCAAUCGCACCUCUUAUAAACCAUUUGCUGACUCUUCGGGGGUUCGCGGUACGAGUGGCCACACAAGAUUACCACCCAGCAGACCAUAUCUCCUUUGCCAGCAGCCAUCCCCCUCCCAACAACCGCCCUUUUGAGAGUGUGAUCACCGUGAACAACCCAGCACCGGGGAAAGCGCACGAAACCAAACCACAGAACCUGUGGCCGGCACACUGUGUUGAGGAUACCGAGGGCGCUGAGAUUAUCCCUGAGAUCAAUACCAGUAACAUCGACCUAUAUGUGAAGAAAGGUAAGCACAGUCAGGUGGAAAUGUACUCCGCUUUUGCCGAUGCUUUUGGGAAUGUUGAUCCUUCUAUCACGGCUCAAUCGGUCGAUGCCGAUCUCAAGGACUUCCUGGCCAGUAAGGGCGUCACGGACGUCUUCGUGGUCGGGUUGGCGGGCGACUACUGCGUCAAGCAUACAGCUAUUGAUGCCGCGAGGGUAGGCUUUAAUAGUUACGUGGUUGAAGAUGCCACUCGGUGUGUCGUGCCAGGUUCGGGUUGGGUCGGAGCGAAGCAGGAGUUGAGGGAGGUGGGAGUAUCCAUUAUUCAAUCGAAUGGCCCUGAGAUUUCUGGUCUGGCAAUCUGAGCUCUCAUAUCGUAUCGUUCAAAUGUGACUGACCAGGGUGGGCUCUUUCCGAAUCAUUGUUUUGUUGGAUGGCGGUGUGCUUCUUGUUGAUCCGGUCAUCAUAGAUAGUGGUUACCCGAACUGAACGAUGAUUUCACUAUCAGUCUAAAUAUUUCAAUUUGAGAUGGAGUUACAGCUUUCGAUAUGUCCAAUAUACUAAUGCAAACUGUAUCCCCGAUUUGAUUGAUACUAAAGUAGAUAAGGAC